AUGAUAGGCACUCAGAUGUUCCCCAUGGACAAUUUAAUUCCGUUUGAUGAUACUUACGUGCUCUAUGACCCAAACGACAUCGUAUCGUUCAUCUCGUGCUACUUCUCGCUUCUUCCGAUUGCCAUACUAGUGUUUUACUUCUCUUGGUUUGUGACCAAUCGUGAGAUGGAAGCGGUGUUCAUCGCCAUCGGACACCUCAUGAAUGAAAUACUGAACAACGUAGUCAAGAACGUGAUUAGGGAACCCCGGCCAAACAACUUUGGGACCUUCCAGAAGGAGACACUUCGGUCUGGCUUUGGGAUGCCCAGCGCACACUCCCAGUUCAUGGGCUUUUUUGCGCUAUAUCACUGUAUGCGGAUUUGGCUACAAUGGACAGGAUUGCGGCGCGUCCACAAAGUUUUGGGCUCGGUAGCUGUGGUGAUCGCCACGACCUGCGUGGCUGGAUCCCGUGUGUACUUGGGCUACCACGAUGUGCCACAGGUGCUUGUGGGGGUGUCGAUAGGUGCAUUCCUCGGGUCGCUCUACUUCCUCCUAGUGGGAUUGAUCCGGCACAGCGGCCUCUCUGAUUGGGUCUUAACUUGGCGGCUAGCCAAGUGGUUUUUGGUCAAGGACUCAUGUUACCAUGCACCAAUUAGCUUGCGCGAAGAAUACGAAGCGUACUGGCGCCGUCGUAGUAGAAUAGAAGGUCCUGGGAAAACCGAGUAA